AUGUACCACACCCUCAUCUCCGCCGCUGUCGCGCUGUUCUCCGGCUCGUUGGCAUUCGCCCAGCUUCCAGGCCCCGCCGUCACCGUUUCCUACGACACCAAAUACGACGUGUCAACCACGCCCGUCAGCACACUCGCCUGCGCGUCCUCGCUCAGCAACUUCACGACCUUCGGCGCCCUCCCGGAGUACCCCUACAUCGCGGGCUCCGACAAUGUCACCGACAGUAGCAAGACCGACUGCGGGCACUGCUACACCCUGGAGUACGCGGGGAACUUCGCGCAGAUCCAGGUCGUCGACUCCGCGGCGGAGGGUUUCGUCCUGUCCCACGAGGCGUACGAGUGGUUGACGAUGAACUAUACCUCGGACCCGAGCGUUACGGCGUAUAUCCUGAACGGCCCGGAGGCUUGCGACUUCUCUUAG